UUUCAUUAAGCCACUCAUUUUAAUCCAAAUUUAAGCCAACUAACCAGAGUUUUCAUCACGCCACUCAUUUUAAUCCGAAUUUAAGCCAACUAACCUGAGUUUUCAUUAAGCCACUCAUUUUCCACCUCCGGUAUUUGCCAGAUGGAAGUCAUUUCUCACGCUGAAAAAACUGUUGUCAAUGAUGGCUUGGAAUAUGAUCAUGUCAAAGAAAUGGAUGACUUCAAUGAAACAAAAGCUGGAGUGAAAGGCCUUGUUGACUCUGGCGUGGUCAAGCUGCCAAGAAUCUUCAUCCAUCCGCCGGACAACGUGCCAAAGUCAUCAUCCAACGCUCAUGUUCCAGUGAUCGAUCUAAAACGCUUUGAAAGUAGUGAUCGAAGACCUGAGAUUGUGAAAGCCAUGCAUGGUGCAGCGAAAACGUGGGGUUUCUUUCAGAGGAUAAAUCAUGGAGUUCCAGAUGAGAUUAUGGAUAAGCUUUUAGCCUGUUUACAUGAGUUCCAUGAGCAACCCUAUGAAGUGAAGUUCAAGUAUUACUCACAUGAUAGGAGCCAACCAGUGAGAUUUUACAGUAAUGAAUAUAUCAACAAAUCAAAACCAGGGAACUGGAGGGACACCUUAAAAUGUUUGUAUUUUGAUGAACAGUUGGACACAGAAGCCUUGCCUAUUGUUUGCAGAGAGCCAAUCGGUGAGUUCAUGAAGUACAUGUUUCAACUAAAGAAGACAUUAUAUGAGUUACUGAGGCUCUAGGUCUAAGCACUGAUCAGCAAUGAUAAGUUCAAAAGUGUGAUGCAUAGAGUGGUGGCUGGAAGUGUUGGAAAUCAGGUUUCAGCUUCAUGUUUCUUCCUUCCAUUUACCAGUAAAAGAGACAAAACAUUUGGACCAGUGAAAGAGCUGCUAUCUGAAGUCAAAUCCUCCCAUAUACAGGGAAAUAAGCUAUUCUGAAUAUUUUGCCCAUUAUCUAUCAAAAAGCCAUGAUGGUACUUCAACCCUGAAUGGUUUCAAGCUCUGAUGCCCGACAUGGAAUUUAAAGCAAAGAUUAAUAAAACUUAUGGCCGUGCCACAUAGAUUUCAAGUUGAAACCCUUUGGCACUGGCUAUGGUUUGUACUUGCUUAAAAGCAUUUGAGAGACUCUGUUUUUGUAAAUUACUAAAUUUGGUCUUUGUUUGGGUGUUAAAGAAACAAUAUCUAUUAGUAGUAGUAACCUAAGCCGUGUCUGUGUGUGGGAUCUUUAGCUUAGAGCGUGCUCCAUAAGUAAAUGCCUUGCCGUGAU